AUGUUCUCUAAGAUUUCGCAAAUUGGCAAAACUUUUGCCGAUGAAAUCAAUAGGAUCAACGAUGAAGUUAACAAUGCUAAUUCAGGAGAACAAGUACAAAUAGCGGAUCCUUCAAUUGCUAAGAAGAUUUUAAACACAAAAACUCCGGAAAUUUCUAAUUUGACUAACCCAGACGAUAUGGAACGAGAAUCUACGGCGGAAUCAACCGGCUCGGACAGUGAGAUGAAAGAAAGACUACCACUGGGAGAGCAAUCAGUUUCGAAGAUUGAAGAAUUGAUUCCAGGAACAGCAGUACCGGCAGCAUCUCUUCCACCAGAGAUCCGUUCCAAAAUGAAUAAAUUUCUGAAGUACGAAAAAAAGUAUCCGGAGUUAUAUAACGCAUAUAAAUUAGAAAAGAAAAAGACAGCUUUAGUAAAGGCAUUUGAAAAUAUGUUGAAAGAGCAAACCCCGUGUUCAAGCAUUGGAGAAUUAAAUAGUGUCAGGGAUUACCUCAAUGGUUUGACAUCCAAAAACCAAAUGCUUAAUGACGAACUUUCCAAACUCACCAAGGAUAAAAAGGUGGCGGAUGAAGAAAUUAGUGCACUGAAAAAGAGCAUGAAAGAAUUACAAAAAGCGUUAACCACCAGAAAAAGUCAAGAGGCUGAGGAGCUGGAGAACCUCCGGAAAGAAAAUAAAACUUUGAAAAAUGAAAGAUUGAACAAACACAAAGAGCUAACAGAAUAUGAGCAACUGGCCAAGGAAAAUAAAAAGCUGGAAAAUGAAUUAAAUGUAAUGAAAGCAAAAAUAGCAGACCAUGAAACGGAGAGGCAAGAACUAGAGAAUAUUAUGCAAGAAAAAGACAGCUUAGCUGCCAAAUUAGAAGAAAAAUGUAUGGAAAAUGGGGAGAUCAUCCAAAAUACAAGGUUGUUGGAGAACAAUUUAGAAAAAUCAAAAGAGGAGUUCAAUAAAGUUAAAAUCGAGAAAGAGAAGACGAGAGUUGCAUUAGAAGAAAAAAUCAAUGAUUUGGAGAAGUCGCUCGAAUCAAACAAGAAAUUGAAUGAUAUGUUUAGACAAAAAAUAGAUGUUUUAAAUAAGAAAUCAGUUGGAGAUAACAAGGAUGGCCCAGUGAACGUUAAAGCGAAUGGUGGAUUAAUAAAUGGUAAGAAAGGUGGUAAAAAGAAAAGCAAGAAGCAAAAUAGCGGGGCCGCAGCAUGCGACUCAAUAUUAGCACAAUCUAGUAGCUCAUCGGAUGUAGAAGUGGUCGAACUGAAACAUAAAGUCGAAGAAGUUGAAGCUAAACUGAGUGAAGAGCAGGCAAAAUCAGGUGAGCUUGAAAACAGACUAAAAGAGAAGGUUAUUGAGAUUGAAGAUUUGAACGAUAUGUUGAGAAACGUCGCAGAUUCUUUAGUGGAGGCCGAAAAGAAGAACAAGGAGGUUGCUGAUCACCAGAAGAAAGUAGAAGAGCUAGAGUUAAAAUUGGAAACUAAGAAGAGUGAGCUCGAAAUGUUAAGAAUUCAAAACGCAAAUGCUUUGGAAGAUUAUGAAAAAACUAAGAAAUCAUUGUCACAGAAGGCAGAGGAAUACUACAAUGAGUAUAUCAAACUGGAGUCUGAAUUGUCACUGAAAAAAGAGGACAUUAGUACAAUGAAACAUACUAUUGAAGAUCAAGAAUCUAAAAUAUGUACAUUAGAGCUAUCUCUAAAUGAAGCAAAAGCGAAUGAGGAAAAGUUGGAAGCUAAAAAUAAAAAGCUAAGAGAAGAAGUCAGUAGCUUGAAGUCAGAGAUAGAGAAGAUGGAACAGGACGGUAUAUUGCAUUCAUCACUCAAGAGUGAUUUUGAAAAAGCGAAGUUGGAGUUAUCCAAGAAAGAAAAACUGUUACUUGAAGCUGAAAAUAAAAUAAAAUUUAUUCAAGAGGAAAAAUCCAAGAUAAAUGACUCUAUAAUCGAGCUAAAAGUCCAAAAUAAAGAGCUUAAACAGCAAAAAUUGAAGUUUGAAGAUACGAGGAGUGGUCUGUGUUCGGAAAAUGAGAAAUUCAAGAAUGAACUUAAUGAAAGCACUUUGCGUAUCAACAAGUUAUCUCUGGAGAACACCAAGUUAGUUAAACUAUAUGAAGAGCUCAACGAUAAGUAUGAAGAAGCAAAAAAUUUUAAGUCCAACUCUUCAUCCCAAGUUGAGUCAUUGAGGAAACGGGUUGACGAACUUUCAAUGCAGAACAAUGAGUAUGAGAAUAGAAUCGAUAUGAUUCAAGAGGAGCUUACCCAGUCUAGAAAUAUGUUACAAGAGAGAAAUCAUGAAAUGGGAACCUUACGUAAGAUGCUGAUGGAAAACGAGGAAAGCCAAGCACACGAAAUUAAACAGCUGAAGUCUAAAUAUGAUAGAUUGCUAGAGGAGAAAGAACACGGAGACAGCGAGUAUAUGGUUCUUUUAAAGAAUAAGCAACGUGAAAUUGACGAGUUAAAAAGAUCUUUAGAAAAGAUGAAUUUAAGAGUUGAAGAAGUUGAGCUUCACAAAAAUUCAUUAAUGCUGGAAAUCGAAAAACUUCAUAAAACGAAUGAAUUACCGAGCAAAACUUCUACUAGUAAAGCAAGUUCCCUUGCUGAUAUACAUCCCGCUGAUACUGAGGAGUAUAAUUCUAAAGUGAUCAAUACAUUACGAGUUUCUCUAAAACGAGCAGAGAAAAGGCUGAAAGAGAUUGAAGAUAUAAAUUCCAAAUUGCGAGUGUCGAAUCAAGAAUCAUCUGAAAAGCUAAUUCGUCUUAACAAAAAGUACAAAUUAUUGUCCCAACAAUAUAAAAGAAGGCUUUCUGACGCAAGCGCUUCUAAUAGCAGAAAGAAUAGUUCGAUAAACCUGGAUGAGGGCGAGGCAGAUGUACUUCAACAUGAGCCAAAAGAACUCUCGGAUACUCAGUCAGAGCAAACGGAUGUUAAGGAAAAGGUAACUUAUAUUAAAAACGUUUUAUUUGGUUUUCUUGAGCAUAAAGAGCAAAGAAAAAUGCUAUUACCUGUAAUAAAGAUGCUUUUGUACAUGUCCGAUGACGACACAAAGAGAUUAACUGAAUUGUUAGAAUAG